UAGAAAAGUCUCUUUUGUCGUUUUAUUAUUCCGUUCCACGUUAAUCGUAUGUAUUAUACAUACUUAAACGCUGUGCCCUCGGUGUUUAUGACUUUAUACUAUAGAUUUUAAUGAUAUUUUACGAUUUAUCGAAGGAAAGUUUACGUAUUCGAAGGACAACACAAUGUUAUUGUUACUCCUCCUUGUAAUUCUUCUAUCUAAUUCUUAUGCCAUCGAGGGAUCUUCCGAAUUUUCAUGGAAAACGAAUGAUAUUCUUUCGAAAUUCAUCGUAGACGCCACUUUUCAUCUUUUUCCACCGUCAAGAAUAUCUGCACGUUUAUGCUUUUCUAAAGACGAUAUAAUCGGCUUAUCAAAGGAAAUGUCGAAAAGACAUCUGUUACAUGAUAUUCGAAAUGAAUUCGAUCGGCUCGAUCCUAAAAUUUAUGAUAAUUUAGAACACAGAAAUUUGUAUGUUAUCAAUCUCGAUUGUGACCGUGCAAUAGACAUCUUAAAUGAGGCAAAUUCUAAAAGAAUGUUCGUUGCUCCGACAAAAUGGUUAUUUUUGAAAGAUUCAAGGACAAUAUUAAAUACGAAGGAUCUACAAUUUAUAAUGAAAACAUUUCGUAAUUUUACUAUUUAUCCGGACAGCGACGUUAUUAUAGCACGAAGGAUUAAAAAGAAUUUUCUAGAACUAUUAUCAAUAUAUCGUCCUAGUCCUUAUCGAGAUGUAAUUUUAGAGGAUCGUGGAAAUUGGUCGUUUACACGUGGGAUCGUUAUGAAAAAUUAUGAUCCAGCAUCCCGUAGACGAAGAAAUCUUCAGCUUACUCCACUUAAAUCCUGUCUCGUGAUGACAGAUCCAGACACGAUCAAUCAUUUAACUGAUUAUCACAAUAAACAUAUAGAUCCAGUUACGAAGGCUGGUUAUUCAUGUGUACUUCAUUUGGUAAAUCGAAUGAAUGCGACGGUAACAUUCAAUAUAGCAGAUACAUGGGGUUAUCGUGAUGAAAAUGGAUCGUGGAAUGGUAUGACCGGCAUGUUGCAACGUCGUGAAAUUGAUUUCGGAGGAACUGGAACUUUUUUUAUAAAAGAACGAAUAGGAAUAGUUAAAUAUAUACAACUUUACACGCAUACUGGAUCACGUUUUAUAUUUCGACAACCAUUGCUUUCGACAGUAAGCAACAUAUUUGUCUUGCCUUUUCAUCGUUCGGUUUGGAUAGCUAUUGGUGUCCUCAUUCUUCUCAUUAUUACUUUACUCUUUAUAUCUAUGAAAUGGGAAUAUAAUUGCGGAGCAUCAGCAAAGUCUGCGAUAUAUUGGAAACAGAUGAAUCCUGGCAAGCCAACUAUUGGCGAUGAUAUAUUGGUUAUUCUUGGAGCAUUUUUCCAACAAGGAUAUGCUUAUGAACCUUAUCAAAUUCCUUCACGUAUUGUCACCUUAAUGUUAUUGAUAGCUGCAUUGAGUCUGUACACUUCUUAUACAGCAAAUAUUGUUGCUUUGCUUCAAUCAACGACAAAUUCUAUUCAAACGGUUACUGAUCUUUAUAAUAGUCCAUUAAAACUAGGUGUACAAGAUGCUGUAUAUAAUCGAUACUAUUUUAAUUCUUUUAAGGAUCCAAUAAGAAGGACUCUCAUAGAUGAAAAAAUUGAACCAAAGGGUAAAAAAUCUUCUUGGAUGUCUAUUGAACAAGGUGUUCAAAAAAUAAGAGAUGAGCUCUUUGCUUUUCAUGGUGAAGUUGGUACUGUUUAUAAAAUAAUACAAGAAACUUUUCAAGAGGAUGAAAAAUGUGGCUUAACUGCUAUCAAUUUUUUAAAUGUACUUUAUCCACUCUUUAUCAUUCAAACACAAUCUCCAUAUUUGGAAAUUUUUAAAAAUAGUGCUUUAAUAAUACAAGAAACUGGUUUAAAAUAUCGAGAAGAGAGACGUUUAUAUACAAGAAAGCCCAAAUGUGAUGGUCACAUGAGUUUCAUAAGCAUAGGAUUUACUGAAAGUCACUUUGCAUUGGUGAUAAUGGGAUGUGGCAUAAUUAUCACUUUUUUUGUACUAGCUAUGGAACUUCUGUGGCAUAGAAUGCAAAAAUCAAAAAUGAAAGAUAUUAGAGAAGAUAUGGAGGCAAUUGACAAUGAUAGUCAAGUUCUUACACCUUAGUUGAAAAAUUAUUGCCUAUAUUUUCCUUUGAAUUCAUUAUUAUUUGAUAAUUAGUGCUUUAACUCUAUAGCAAUAUAAAUAAUUAUAUUAUAAAAAAGAAAUAUAAAAUAAUAUAAAUACAAAAUUAA